AGACUUUCUGCCUCUUUGGAGAUAAAAACCAGACAACAUUAGCUUCAGAAAGCAGUGUGAAGGUUUUUUAUUUUGAAGAGAAUGCUCACUGGAAACAAACCUUCAGAAGGAAAAAUGGAUCGCUGGUGUUGGCCAUCAGAAACUAACAGCUUUCGACGUUUCACCCCUGAGUCCUUGGCUGCAAUUGAGCAAAGAAUUGCUGAGAAAAAAAAGCAGCCAGACAAAGAAAAAGAGAAGCAUAAGGACCAAGGAGUUGAAGCAGAACAACUUACUCCCCAGCUUGAUUUGAAAAUCUGCAAAAAGCUGCCAUCCCUUUAUGGGGACAUUCCAUCAGAGCUCAUUGGGGAACCACUGGAGGAUUUUGAUCCAUACUACAGUGACCACAAGGUUAAAACUUCCAAAAGCAUUUCUUUGCUUUAACUUUGUCUGCUGAACUCUUAAGAGAUAGUAAAAGCUCUAGCUGGGAGAUGCUGGGUUUUGAUUGUUGUGCAGACAGGUCUUUCAACAUUCCUGACAUCUUUUGGGGCAGGAGUG